AACCGGAGCCCCAGCCCGAACAGCCGGCGGCCAGCAGCGUCCUCGCAAGCCGAGCGCCCAGGCGAGCCAGGAGCCCGCAGCGGCGGCAGGAGCGCGCCGGGCCGCCCGGGAAGCCUCGGUUCCCGCGGCGGCGGCGGCGGCGGCGGCGGCGGCGGCGGCAACAUGGCCUCGGCUGGUAACGCUGCCGAGCCCCAGGACCGCGGCGGCGGCGGCAGCUGCAGCGGGGCCCCGGGCCGGCCGGCCGGUGGCGGGAGGCGCAGAAGGACCGGGGGGCUGCGCCGCAACGCCGCGCCGGACUGGGACUAUCUGCACCGGCCCAGCUACUGCGACGCCGCCUUCGCUCUGGAGCAGAUUUCCAAGGGGAAAGCUACUGGCCGGAAAGCGCCGCUGUGGCUGAGAGCGAAGUUUCAGAGACUCCUAUUUAAACUGGGUUGUUACAUUCAAAAAAACUGCGGCAAGUUCUUGGUUGUAGGCCUCCUCAUAUUUGGGGCCUUCGCUGUGGGAUUAAAGGCAGCUAAUCUCGAGACCAACGUGGAGGAGCUGUGGGUGGAAGUUGGUGGGCGAGUAAGUCGUGAAUUAAAUUACACUCGCCAGAAGAUUGGAGAAGAGGCUAUGUUUAAUCCUCAACUCAUGAUUCAGACCCCCAAGGAAGACGGUGCUAAUGUCCUGACCACGGAGGCACUCCGACAGCACCUGGACUCGGCGCUCCAGGCCAGCCGGGUCCAUGUAUAUAUGUAUAACAGGCAAUGGAAAUUGGAACAUUUGUGUUAUAAAUCUGGAGAACUUAUCACAGAAACAGGUUACAUGGAUCAGAUAAUAGAAUAUCUUUACCCUUGUUUAAUUAUUACACCUUUGGACUGCUUCUGGGAAGGGGCGAAGUUACAGUCUGGGACAGCAUACCUACUAGGUAAGCCUCCUUUGCAGUGGACAAACUUUGACCCUUUGGAAUUCCUAGAAGAGUUAAAGAAAAUAAACUAUCAAGUGGACAGCUGGGAGGAAAUGCUGAAUAAGGCUGAAGUUGGUCAUGGUUACAUGGACCGGCCCUGCCUCAAUCCGGCUGAUCCAGACUGCCCUGCCACAGCCCCCAACAAAAAUGCAACCAAACCUCUUGAUAUGGCCCUUGUUUUGAAUGGUGGGUGUCAUGGAUUAUCCAGAAAGUAUAUGCACUGGCAGGAGGAACUGAUUGUGGGUGGCACAGUCAAGAACAGCACUGGAAAGCUUGUCAGUGCCCACGCCUUGCAGACCAUGUUUCAGUUAAUGACUCCCAAGCAAAUGUACGAACACUUCAAGGGUUAUGAGUAUGUCUCGCACAUCAACUGGAACGAGGACAAGGCAGCAGCCAUCCUGGAGGCUUGGCAGAGGACGUAUGUGGAGGUAGUUCAUCAAAGCGUCGCUCAGAACUCCACUCAGAAGGUGCUUUCCUUUACCACGACGACCCUGGACGACAUCCUCAAGUCCUUCUCUGACGUCAGCGUCAUCCGAGUGGCCAGUGGCUAUUUACUGAUGCUUGCCUAUGCCUGUUUAACCAUGCUGCGCUGGGACUGCUCCAAGUCCCAGGGUGCCGUGGGGCUGGCUGGUGUCCUGUUGGUUGCACUGUCAGUGGCUGCAGGAUUGGGCCUGUGCUCAUUGAUCGGGAUUUCCUUUAAUGCUGCAACAACUCAGGUUUUGCCAUUUCUUGCUCUUGGCGUUGGUGUGGAUGACGUCUUCCUUCUGGCGCAUGCAUUUAGUGAAACAGGACAGAAUAAAAGGAUCCCUUUUGAGGACAGGACCGGGGAGUGUCUCAAGCGCACGGGAGCCAGCGUGGCCCUCACAUCCAUCAGCAACGUCACAGCCUUCUUUAUGGCUGCGUUGAUCCCGAUUCCCGCUCUGCGGGCGUUCUCCCUGCAGGCGGCUGUAGUAGUGGUAUUCAAUUUUGCUAUGGUUCUGCUGAUUUUUCCUGCAAUUCUCAGCAUGGAUUUGUAUCGACGUGAGGACAGGAGAUUGGAUAUUUUCUGCUGUUUUACAAGCCCCUGUGUCAGCAGAGUGAUUCAGGUUGAACCCCAGGCCUACACAGAGACUCACAAUAACACCCGCUACAGCCCCCCGCCCCCCUACAGCAGCCACAGCUUCGCCCACGAAACCCAGAUCACCAUGCAAUCCACGGUGCAGCUGCGCACAGAGUACGACCCACACACGCACGUGUACUACACCACUGCCGAGCCGCGCUCCGAGAUCUCCGUGCAGCCCGUCACCGUGGCCCAGGACACGCUCAGCUGCCAGAGCCCCGAGAGCACCAGCUCCACGAGGGACCUGCUCUCCCAGUUCUCUGACUCUAGCCUCCACUGCCUUGAGCCCCCCUGCAGCAGGUGGACACUCUCAUCUUUUGCCGAGAAGCACUAUGCCCCUUUCCUCUUGAAACCAAAAGCCAAGGUCGUGGUGAUCUUCCUUUUCCUGGGCCUGCUGGGGGUCAGCCUUUAUGGGACCACCCGAGUGCGUGAUGGGCUGGACCUUACAGACAUUGUGCCUCGGGAAACUAGAGAAUAUGACUUUAUUGCUGCACAGUUCAAAUACUUCUCUUUCUACAACAUGUAUAUAGUCACUCAGAAGGCAGACUACCCCAAUAUCCAGCACUUACUUUACGACCUUCAUAAGAGUUUCAGUAAUGUGAAGUAUGUCAUGUUGGAAGAAAAUAAACAGCUUCCCAAAAUGUGGCUGCACUACUUCAGAGACUGGCUCCAAGGACUUCAGGAUGCAUUUGACAGUGACUGGGAAACUGGGAAAAUCAUGCCAAACAAUUACAAAAAUGGAUCAGAUGAUGGGGUCCUUGCCUACAAACUCCUGGUGCAAACCGGCAGCCGUGAUAAGCCCAUCGACAUCAGCCAGCUCACUAAACGGCGCCUGGUGGAUGCAGACGGCAUCAUUAAUCCCAACGCUUUCUACAUCUACCUGACCGCUUGGGUCAGCAACGACCCCGUGGCUUACGCCGCCUCCCAAGCCAACAUCCGGCCUCACCGUCCUGAGUGGGUCCACGACAAAGCCGACUACAUGCCAGAAACCAGGCUGAGAAUCCCAGCAGCAGAGCCCAUCGAAUACGCUCAGUUCCCUUUCUACCUCAACGGCUUGCGUGACACCUCAGACUUCGUUGAAGCAAUUGAAAAAGUCAGAACGAUCUGCAACAACUACACAAGCCUGGGGCUCUCCAGCUACCCCAACGGCUACCCCUUCCUCUUCUGGGAGCAGUACAUCGGCCUCCGCCACUGGCUCCUCCUGUCCAUCAGCGUGGUGCUGGCCUGCACGUUCCUCGUGUGUGCUGUCUUCCUCCUGAACCCCUGGACGGCCGGGAUCAUUGUGACAGUCUUGGCUUUGAUGACGGUCGAGCUCUUUGGCAUGAUGGGCCUCAUUGGAAUCAAGCUGAGUGCCGUGCCUGUGGUCAUCUUGAUCGCUUCCGUCGGCAUCGGGGUGGAGUUCACCGUUCAUGUUGCUCUGGCCUUUCUAACAGCCAUUGGCGAUAAGAACCGCAGGGCCAUGCUCGCCCUGGAGCACAUGUUUGCACCUGUUCUGGAUGGUGCCGUUUCCACUCUGUUAGGAGUGCUGAUGCUUGCAGGAUCCGAGUUUGAUUUCAUUGUCAGGUAUUUCUUUGCUGUCCUGGCAAUCCUAACAAUCCUGGGUGUUCUCAAUGGACUGGUUUUGCUGCCAGUCCUUUUGUCCUUCUUCGGACCGUAUCCUGAGGUGUCUCCAGCCAACGGGCUGAACCGGCUGCCCACCCCUUCCCCUGAGCCGCCCCCCAGUGUGGUCCGGUUUGCUCUGCCCCCUGGUCACACGAACAACGGGUCUGAUUCCUCUGACUCCGAGUACAGUUCUCAGACGACGGUUUCGGGCAUCAGUGAGGAGCUUCGGCACUACGAGACCCAGCAGGGCACCGGGGGCCCUUCCCACCAAGUGAUCGUGGAAGCCACAGAGAACCCUGUCUUCGCCCGCUCCACCGUGGUCCAUCCUGAACCGAGGCAGCACCCACCCUCCAACCCUCGACAGCAGCCCCAUCUGGACUCAGGGUCCCUGCCACCCGGACGGCCAGGCCAGCAGCCCAGAAGAGAGGCCCCCAGAGAAUGCUUGAGGCCGCCCCCUUACAGACCGCGCAGAGACGCUUUCGAAAUUUCUACUGAAGGGCAUUCUGGCCCUAGCAAUAGGGACCGCACGGGCCCCCGGGGAACCCGUUCUCACAACCCUCGGCACCCAGCGUUCACUGCCACGGGCAGCUCCGUGCCCAGCUACUGCCAGCCCAUCACCACCGUGACGGCCUCGGCGUCCGUGACUGUUGCAGUGCACCCCCCGCCCGGGCCCAGUCGGAACCCCCGAGGGGGGCUUCGCCCGGGCUACGAGGACUACCCUGAGACUGACCACGGGCUGUUUGAGGACCCCCAUGUGCCUUUUAACGUCCGUUGCGAGAGGAGGGAUCCCAAGGUGGAGGUCAUUGAGCUACAGGACGUGGAAUGUGAGGAGAGGCGCCAGGGCAGCAGCUCCAACUGAGGUGGGGCGGGGCCGGUGGGCAGGUGGGUGGGCCUCAGAGGCACUGCUCUUCAGUGACCCCUCAGGGACUUAGAGGGACGCAGAUGGCUGCAUCCUCCUGGAGCCCUGGGCACUGAUGUGUCCCCUACUGAACCGCAGUGACCUCUUACCCACAGGCAGGGUUGCCUGUCUAAGCUUCGUCAUCCUUGGAGAACCAGUUGAGUUCCAGAUUGGAUCUGUCCCUCACAGUUAGCCUGUGGAGGUUUAAUGCAUCUCAACAGAGACACUGACAGCUGUCCCUAUCACCUAUUUUUCAGUCCUUUAAAGCCAUAGCAGGUAUGUCUGAUGAACGCACAGCUCAGUGAACAGUCACAAAGUGAGCACAUCCCUGUCACCAGCCCCCAGGUCAAGGGAGAGAUCAUGACCCACCCCUGGAAGCCCCUCAUGCCCUCACCCAUCCCCCACCAUCCUGAUCUCUAUACCCCAGACCCGUUGUGCCUGUGUUUGUGCUUUAUAAAUAGGGAACUCGUAGACCUGUUACUUUGACUUCCUUUUUUUUUUUUUUUUUUU